GGUUAGGUUGUUGUACGCAUGCGCAGCAGAACGUUCGGCUCAAGUGAAUGAUGGCAGAGCUGCACCAACGCCGACGGCUCGGCGACAGACACUUCGUGCCUGAAGGAGCAUCCUCCAAAAUACACAGAGACACGCCUGGCGACAGCACCGCGGUGUCUCUGAAACUGUUGGCUGCGGGAUUUUACGGAGUCAGUUCAUUUCUCAUCGUUGUUGUCAACAAAAGCGUCCUCACUAGCUACAGAUUUCCAUCGUCAACAUGUGUUGGAAUCGGACAGAUGCUGGCUACAGUUGUAGUUCUGAGGACUGGGAAGAUGUUAGGUGUCAUAUCAUUUCCAGAUGUGGAUCUGAGUAUCCCACGCAAGAUGUUCCCGCUGCCUCUGCUAUAUGUUGGAAAUCAAAUAUCAGGACUGUUUGGGACACAACGGCUCAAUUUACCCAUGUUUACAGUUUUGAGGAGGUUCGGUAUUCUUCUGACCAUGGUGUUUGAGGGACUCUUGCUGAAAAAUACCUUCUCCUUGUCAGUUAAAAUGACAGUGUUUACCAUGAUCUUUGGUGCUUUUAUUGCUGCCAGCACCGAUUUAGCCUUUGACCUUGAAGGAUACAUAUUCAUAAUGCUGAACAAUGUCCUGACAGCGGCCAGUGGGGCGUAUGUGAAGCAGAAACUGGACUCGAAGGACCUGGGCAAAUAUGGGCUUCUCUACUACAACGCUCUCAUCAUGCUUUUCCCUACUGUGAUGUACGCUUACUACUCAGGGGACUUGAACAGGGGGCUGGAGUAUAAGGGCUGGUCGGAUCAGCUGUUCGUUGUGCAGUUUGUGCUCUCCUGUGUGAUGGGAUUCAUUCUAAUGUACUCCAUCAUGCUGAGCACUCAGUACAACUCCGCACUCACCACCUCCAUUGUGGGCUGCAUUAAGAAUAUCGUCGUGACCUACAUCGGAAUGGUGUUUGGUGGAGACUACAUAUUCACCUGGACUAACUUUCUAGGUCUAAACAUCAGCAUUGCUGGGAGUCUGGUGUACUCCUAUAUCACCUUCACACAGGAGCAAACAAGUAAAAACAGAUAAAAUCUUGGGAAUUGUAAAGGUUCCAUCAGGUUUUGCCUCCAGGGU